CGCUUUACGGCUGCUGAAACCCCUUUCCUCUCCUCCCUCCCCCUCUCCUCUGGACAGCCCAGUGUCGCCGUUACAGCGUCCGGCCUCCUUCCUUUUUAAGGCUGGUUUGGCAGAUGAAGAUUUAUUCAGUUACGCAUCAUAACAGGAAGUGAUGAAUCAAUGAAAAUUAGAGUUGGACAGACAGAUUCUUCUGCCCAAUCUGAGUGAAAGGAGUAAGAUGGCUAAAACUUCCCACCUAUGGUGAGAACGAAAGAGAAGGUCUCAAAUCAGGCAUUUGAACAUGGCGAUCCUAUUCUUCUUCCUUGGUCUUUUCUUCUCAAGGCUGAAUAUAUCACGCUUCUUCAAGCUUUCAUCUUAAUUUGCAGACCUUAUAAUUAUACAUAUUUAAUGCAACAGGUAAAAGGAUGGCUUACCAAAAAGUCCACGGAGAUCAGAAUGCACACUAUUUAGAUAGUGAAGACCUUCAAGCCACUUCCCUGGAGUUAGAAUGGGACAUGGAGAAAGAACUGGAGGAGCUAAGCUUUGACCAUUUUACUUUGGAUGGAGCAAUCCAUCAACCAAUGGAGAGUAGUCAAAACGCUGACUUGGAGUCCAUUCAACCAUCAGCAUCUCCCAAAGGAAGGUUUGAAAGACUCCAGGAAGAUCUGGAUUAUAUUUCUCACCAGAUACAGCAUCCACCAAAGACCAAUUGCUGCAGCUUUUGCUGGAUAUUUAAGAUAUUUUGCACUGCUACAAGUUUAUUUAUUUUGGGGGUUUUGAUAGGCUACUAUGGACAUGCACAAUGCCCAUCUUUACCAGCAUCUUCAGAAGCCAGUAACCCUGCCAUUAUUCAGGAUAUUCUUAAAGGUAUUGAAGCAAAAGACCUUGCACACAUUUUCAGAGACUUGAUGCAGCAGAAUGGAAAAGAAGAUAGAGAUGUUGCAACAAAACUUCUGGGUCAGUGGACAUCCUUUGGUCUUGAAGAUGUCCAGCUCAUCAAUUACACUGUCUUGCUUGACCUGCCAGGCUCUUCUCCAAAUACAGUGAUUCUGAAUAACACUGGGGAAUGUUAUUAUCCUAAUGGACAGCCAUGUAACAAGGAGACCCAAACUCACUACAGUCAAGACCUUCCAUACUCCUAUGCUGCUUACUCUGCCAAAGGAACUCUCACGGCUGAAGUCUUUGAUGUACAAUAUGGAAGUCCAGGAGAUUUGCUCAGGAUUAAACAGUUUACUAACGUGUCCAGCAAAAUUGCUCUUUUGAAACUUGGACAUAAGCCUUUGCUAUAUAAGCUUUCACUGCUAGAAGAGGCAGGUUUCAAAGGGGCUCUUCUUUACAUUGACCCUUGCAAUUUACCAAAGUUUCAAAACCUGAGCAAUAAAGCAUUUAUGGUGACAUUGAACAGUGGUGGUGAUCCUUCGACACCUGGAUAUCCCAGUAUUGAUGGAAGCUAUAAACAACACCGAUCAAACCUCACUUCUCUAUUAGUGCAGACUAUUUCAGUGACACUGGUCAGGAAGCUGUUCAUUUCCCUUGAGGAAGCUGGUGAAAAUGAAGUUUGCCAGCCACUGAGAUUGCCUUCUGCAGCAGAAAGGAAAAUUGUGACUUUGAAUAUUCAAACUCAGCCAACAUAUAAAACAAUAUCCAAUGUUGUUGGGUAUUUAAAAGGAGCUACAGUUCCUGAUAGAUACGUCAUAGUUGGCAGCCACCACAGCAGUUUGCCUGGCUACAACAGCGAGCAGUGGGCUCAUGGCACAGCAGUAAUGACUGCACUUAUCCAAGCCUUGAUGAGGAAGGUGAAGAAAGGUUGGAGGCCUGAGCGGACCAUCAUUUUCUGUUCAUGGGGUGGAACCAUGUUUGGGAAGAUUGGUUCCUACGAAUGGGCAGAGGACCUUAGGAAAGUUCUCCAGAGGAAUGCUGUGGCAUAUGUGAAUCUCCAUGAUCCAAUAAGAGGCAAUGGCAUUUUAUACUCCAUAGCAUCUCCUUCUGUUCAGCAACUAGCAACUGAAGUUAAAAAGAUCUACAAGUUCACCUGUCUUGGGCCAGAGAAAUGCAUGGAAUCCAACGCUAGUUCAAUUCAAAUGCAAGGGGAUUCUGAUUAUUUCAUCAACCACCUUGGGGUCCCAGCUUUGCAGUUUUCCUACCAGGAUUCAACCACGUUAGAGGCAGCAAGCUUUCUUUCUGAAGCUGUUUUCCCUGCGUCUUCGAUAAUAUCCACAAACCUGGAUUCUUCCUUCCACCUGCACGAAUCCAUCACUAAGUUGACAGGAGAAGCAAUUUUGCAAAUUGCUAGCAAGCCAGUUCUGCCUUUUAAUGCCCUGGAUAUUGCAUUGGAAGUUCAGAAGAACCUGCAAGACGAGCCUCAUAAUGUUGGCAAUUUGCUGAAGGUGGCCUAUGCUUUACGGGAGAGUGCAGAAUUGUUUCAAUCAGAUGAGAUGCGGCCAGCCAAUGACCCAAAAGAAAGAGCUCCUGCACGUAUCAGGAUGUUGAAUGACAUACUGCAGAGUCUUGAGAAAAACUUCUUAGUUUCAGGUGUUCCACCAGGGUUUUACAGAAACAUCCUUUAUCGACUAGAUGACAGGACACACCAAUUCUCAGUACUCCUGGAGGCAGCAGAACACUGGAAGUUACAUCAGUCAAACGAGACUCUACAAGCCAUGUUGUCAAAAGUGUUCAACAGUUUCAAUUCAGCUCAGGUUUGUUUCAAAGCAGGACUCGAGAUCUUUGAGGCCACCUCAGUGGGAGACCAAUGACGAACUUGGCUUUUUGGCAUCUGCACACAUGCCACUAAGAACCUUGUUUACAUUUUCCAGAAGGCGACUUGGGAUCAGACUUGAAAUGAUAUAGGAUUGAAAUCUUUCUUUGGUUUUCUCAACUUUAAAGAAGGAAUCCCUGUUUCAGGUAGUCCCACAGGUGCUUUUUCAAAAGGCAACUGGACUUUCUGGUUCCAGAAAGUCCAUCUGCCUCUGAAAAAGCACCUUUGGGACAACUAUGACCUGGAUGACUCAGAAUCUCCAUAGACAUUUGUUUCAAGAUACUUUAUAGUAGCCCUAGACCAGGGGUGGGCAAAUAUGGCCCCUU